UCUGUCAGAUGCUCUAGGUCAGGCCCUCACUGAGGAUCUUCCCUUGAUCCAUUCCCACAGACAGAUAUCUCUGAGCAGGGGCCUGAGUCUGGCAGGUCAGUUCACCAUGAAGACACUCCUCUUACUGUUUGCUCUCUGGGCAGGGCUGGUUCCUGCCCAGGGUUCUCAAGGCCAUCCCUCAUGGCGCUACAUCUCCUCUGAGGUGGUCAUUCCCAGGAAGGAGCUGCACCAUGGCAAAGGUGUUCAGAUGCCAGGCUGGAUGUCCUACAGUCUGCAUUUUGGGGGCAAGAGGCACGUUAUUCACAUGCGGCGCAAGAAACUGUUUUGGUCCAGACAUCUGCUGAUGAUGACCCAGGAUGACCAAGGAGCCUUGCAGAUGGACUACCCCUUCAUUCCUCCAGACUGUUACUAUGUCGGCUACCUGGAGGAGAUUCCUCUUUCCAUGGUCACCGUGGGCACAUGCUAUGGGGGUCUUGAAGGUAUUAUGAAAUUGGAUGACCUUGCCUAUGAAAUCAGACCACUCAGCAAUUCCCAAAGGUUUGAGCACAUUGUUUCUCAGAUAGUGGCAGACACAAAUGCGACGGGACCUACCUAUAAACUGGGAUACAAGCAGGAUAUGGACACCUUGUUCCCUCAAGAAAUUGCCAUUCCAGGCUCCAGAGUCAGUAACAGGAUCUUUUCCUCCCAUAAAUCCAUGAUCAAAGGAUUUGCUCAAAGUUCCAAUUCAGUAUAUCGUUUAUAUAAUAAUGUAACAACAUGUGCAAAGUUUCUGAUAGAUAUGGUUAGUUUAAUGGACUCAAUAUAUAAAGGUCUUGAUAUAAAGUUCCAUCUUACUGCAGUCCUAAUAUUUAAUGUAAGAGAUCCAGUCAACAUGAAUGAUUAUAGAUUGCCAUCUGGUUCAUACCACAGAUAUCAUGAGAAGUACUUGUUCAGAAUCAUAAAUCCUAGUUCAUCCUUUGUUGUGGUUAAAGAAGGACCACGAGACUAUCAAAAUGAUCCUGCAGCCUUCGGUUUAUGUUCCCCUCGAUGCCUACAUAUGGUUGGUCACCUGGGAAGACAUUAUUUAUUAUUAGCUGUGAUAACUUCCCAAUACUGUGCAAGAUCCAUUGGUCUGCAUUUUGAUAAUCCUGAUUGCAGUUGCCAGAGGAGGUCCAGCUGCAUCAUGUACAGAUAUCCUGUGUUGACAGAUUCCUUUAGUAACUGUUCUUUUGCACACUUACAAAACAUUCUGAGUGUUAACAAGCAUUGCCUAUUCAAUGAAGAGGUGAUAUUCUUUAAUACAAGCCUGACACAUAUACGCUGUGGAAACUCUAUAGUAGAAGAGAAGGAGGAGUGUGACUGUGGCUCCAUCAAGCAGUGCGCCAGCAACCCCUGCUGUGGUAACAACUGCAAACUUGAAACUACAUUUCUUUGUGAUAAAGGACUAUGCUGUACAAACUGCACCUUCUCUGCUGUUGGGACACUCUGUAGACCAAUCCGAAAUAUCUGUGACCUUCCAGAGUAUUGCAAGGGGGGAUCUUCUGAGUGUCCUGAUAAUUUCUACAUGCAAGAUGGAACCCCCUGCACUGAAGAAGGCUACUGCUAUCAUGGAAACUGUACUGACCGUACCAUGCACUGCAAAGAAAUCUUUGGUGCAAACACUGUGGAAGGGCCAGGUGCCUGCUACCAAAUUAAUAAAAAAGGUCACCGAUUUGGACACUGUAAAAGAGAGUUUUCAGCCAGAAAAUUUAUUCAUUGUGGGGACCAAGAUGUCAAGUGUGGAAGGCUGCAGUGUACCAAUGUCACUCAUCUCCCUCAGUUGCAAGAACAUGUGGGCUUCCAUCAGUCUAAGAUUUCAGGUGUCUGGUGUUGGGGAUUGGACACACAUCGCUCCACAGGAACAACUGAUGUUGGUCAUGUGAGAUCUGGUACUCCCUGUGGUCAUGGAAAGUUCUGUGACAAUUCUGCCUGCAAUGGUACUAUAGGUGAAAUAAAUUAUGACUGUUUCCCUGAGAAAUGCCAUCGCAAGGGAAUUUGCAACAAUAACAGGAACUGCCAUUGCCAUGUAGGCUGGGAUCCACCAUUCUGUGAAUUGCGAGGUAAAGGAGGAAGUAUAGACAGUGGAAACCCUCCAAGAAGAAUGCGGUCAAUCAGACAAAGUCAUGAAUCGGUGAUAUAUCUGAGAGUGGUCUUUGGUCGCAUUUAUGCUUUAAUAGCUUCUCUCCUCAUAGGUAUUGCCACCAAUGUAAGAACUAUCAAGACCAUUACAGUUGCAGAAGAGAUAGCUCAUAAAGCCAAUCCAUAAGUCAUUCUCCCGACCCCUGAACAACAAUAGGCAAUCCAUCCAAAGGAGGUGGCAAAGCUGACAUCCACGUUUCCAGGGGUCUGCAGUAGACACAGUUUUACUAACACAUAUCACCCAAUUCUCACACUAAGUCUGUGAUAGGUCACUGACCAGCACU